GGAGCGCACAGGGAUGGGGCGAGGCGCGCAAGAAGCUGUUAGUAUGCGCUGCGAUGCCCCACUGCAGCCCACGCGUCUCAACUAUGGUGAAUUAUGGUGAAAUAUGAGAGACAUGGGAAGAACCGGCAGCUCAGAAACAUUUGGUCGUGAUGAGAUGACACAGCCGCUGGACAUAUUAGUCAAAUAAGGGAAGAAGGACAGAUAUGAAGGAAUGGACUCACGACCUCAAGGCACCUUUUAAGAGGAGACAUACUGGAUAAAAAAAUACACGCGUCUGCGCAACAAGAGAAUCAGGAGCCGGAGCUUCGGGUGAUACAUGGCUGGCAGAAAGGAGCUGCUCUGACCGCGGUGGCGGACUUUUGACCGGACACUUCUGCUGAGCCCGUCAACGCAGUACCACCAGAGGACCCAUUGUGCUGUAAACAAGCCUUGCCAGUGCUAGUGCAAAUAGCCUUUUGCAGGCAGAUCUGCCUGUACCUGAGCCCACGAGUGUGUGGCGCCUUUAUCUCCUUUUGGCCCGACGUGGCCCCACCCUGUCUGAAACCUGCAGGCCCCAUCUCCUUCCAGCAUGACGGUUGCUACCAGCGACCCUGCAGACGAAGCAGCAGCACAUCCGGGCCAGCCUCAUGACCAGUACGACCCAGAGCCAGAUCAUGAGUGCUGCGAGAGGGUCGUCAUCAACAUCUCAGGCUUGCGCUUUGAGACGCAGCUUAAGACUCUCUCCCAGUUUCCAGAGACUCUGUUGGGGGAUCCCAAGAAAAGGAUGAGGUAUUUUGAUCCUCUCCGGAACGAAUACUUUUUUGACCGGAAUCGACCAAGUUUUGAUGCUAUUCUGUAUUAUUACCAAUCAGGAGGGAGGUUGCGCAGGCCUGUUAAUGUGACCCUGGACAUUUUUUCUGAGGAGAUCCGGUUUUAUGAAUUGGGUGAGGAGGCUAUGGAAAUCUUCAGGGAGGAUGAAGGUUUCAUAAAGGAAGAGGAGCGGCCUCUACCAGAGAAUGAGUUUCAGAGACAGGUGUGGCUGCUGUUUGAGUAUCCAGAGAGCUCAGGUCCUGCUCGCAUCAUUGCCAUCAUCUCUGUCAUGGUGAUUCUUAUCUCUAUUGUCAGCUUCUGUCUGGAGACACUGCCAGUUUUCCGAAAUGAUGAUGAGGAGAUGUACAAUUAUCCAUUCCAGUCCACGUCUAACGUCACCUCUACCUAUGAUGGCUCAACAUAUUUUACAGACCCUUUCUUCAUCGUGGAAACUCUCUGCAUCAUCUGGUUCUCUUUUGAGUUCCUAGUUAGGUUCUUUGCCUGUCCCAGUAAAGCUGGAUUUUUUGGCAACAUCAUGAACAUCAUUGAUAUUGUGGCCAUCAUCCCCUACUUCAUCACCCUGGGCACAGAACUAGCAGAGAGGCCAGAGGACAGCCAGGCAGGCCAGCAGGCCAUGUCUUUGGCCAUUCUCCGUGUCAUUCGUCUGGUCAGGGUCUUUCGUAUCUUUAAACUGUCACGUCAUUCCAAGGGGCUGCAGAUCUUGGGACAGACUCUGAAGGCCAGUAUGCGUGAGCUUGGCCUCCUCAUAUUCUUCCUGUUUAUCGGUGUGAUCCUCUUCUCCAGUGCUGUCUACUUCGCCGAAGCAGAUGAGCCACAUUCCCAGUUCAGCAGCAUCCCUGAGGCGUUUUGGUGGGCAGUGGUUUCCAUGACCACCGUGGGCUACGGAGACAUGGUACCAACAACAAUUGGAGGAAAGAUUGUGGGAUCUCUCUGCGCAAUUGCCGGUGUGCUGACUAUUGCCCUGCCUGUACCUGUCAUUGUGUCAAACUUCAACUAUUUCUACCACAGAGAGACAGAGGGCGAGGAACAGGCACAGUAUCUGAAUAUCCCAAGUGUGCCUAAAGCCAGCUCAGCUGACGAUCUAAAGAAGAGUGGUCGGAGCGGCAGUGGAUCCACUCUCAGUAAAUCUGACUAUGUGGAGAUCCAGGAGGCUGUGAACCACAGCACAGAGGACUUCAGACCAGAGGGCAUGAAAACAGGAAAUUGCACCCUGGCCAACACUAACUAUGUAAACAUCACUAAGAUGCGUACAGAUGUAUAAUGUGAGCUACUAUAGAUGGUUAACUUUAGCUGGAGUCUACAGGGACAGUAACAGGGAGGAUGAAGGUAUGACUCCCUGUAUCGACAAACAUAUGGCACACAGUAGAGUCCAGAGCAGAUGAGUGAGAUUAACUUGGUGAAAAGGUCAGUAGUGAGGACCUCAUCUCCCGCAUCCUAUGGCGCAUAUCAUAGAACUGCCACCUGUCUUAUUUAGGACAUUGUCAGUGUCUGCAUGGAGUUAGUCUUACCUAUGUGACAGUAGUCGUCCUGCUCGCAACAGUAGCCAAAUAGUAGCCUAACCAGUAAUAAUCAAUAUUAACAGCGCAAAGGGAACAAUAGUUUCUACCUUCUUGCUCAAACUGCCCCAGGAGAAGUUGCACGACAACAAUAAUUUAGAUGAGCGUCACCUUUAUUUUUAAAUGUAACUUAACAUAAUAACUUCUGAUUAAAAAUAGGCCAUUCAAUCAGCAUUUAGGAGCAACUUUUAUCUGCUGCUCUAACUGCCACGGUCCUGACUCAGAGAAAAAAACAAGAUCACCAACAUCACUGCUCUGUCAUGGGUGAAUUGAGCAACGGAGAGCAAGCGAUACUAAUAUGCUUUUGGCCAAAUGGUCAUUUGUGGCUUUCUCUGUCAGAGAAGAAGCCUGAGUGCACUCGCGUCCCUCCCCAGGCCCUAACUAGAUAUUGUCUAGUACAAACUAGUGGCCUGUGUAGAGACCAACAGAUGACAGUUCUGUGCUGUAAUUCUGGACCACAAUAGCACAGUAUCUUCUUUUUCCUGCCAUUUUUUCCUUGAUGAAGUGGAUUUACCGUACUCUCGCCAUGACUCUGCCUUUUUUUUGUUUCCAGCCAAUGGAGGCUAGCAGGUGAACAGAAGAAAUGUCUCACUAAACAGAGUGAAUGUCUUCUUUAUUUAUUGGUUUGUCCAUUUGGUUUGUUAAAAUAUAUGUUUUUUUAGUAAUAUGAUGAAUGUGUGCUUCUCCUACAUUUGGUUAAAAGACAUGAUGUAGAAAGAAACAUAGUGAAUAUAUUCUCUGUAGUGUUCUGAGUGAGUGCCUAUUUCUCCAUCUUCUUAACUGCACCUUUAAGUGUCUCUUUAGGUCCAAGUGUUCAGUUUGAAACCACUGCCCAGCAUAAAUGUUGCUGUUCUUGACUUCAUAGCAUUCCAUGUUUGUAGAAAUAGACAAAAUGAGAUUAAGGAGCAAACUAAAGUGAGAUUUUAGUUUGUUGUUUUUGUCAGACUCUAAUUUCAAUACAGUUACAGCAGGAAAAGUUAACUAGUUUUUUUGUAUAAUUCAUCAAGGCUUUUUAUGUUAUUUACUCAAAACAUUUUAAGUAACAGUUUUUCUAAAGUCCCUCUACCAAAGAAAGAGCUCAGUUAUCAACAAAAAAUAAUUCAUGACACCUUUAAGGUGCAUCUAUUGUCAUACCAGCAAUGCCAACUUUGUAUUAUUCAUUCUUGCUGGAUAAGGGGUAAGAAGCAAGCGUUUAAGUCUGCUGUGUGAUAUCCAAAAGCUCAUGAUCAGUACAGGAAAAAUGUAUUGCUCUUUCCUAAUGAAACAGCUAAAUAAUUUUAGCCUGUCAAGCCUUCUUUCCCACACAUGUCUCCCCUUAAACAGUAGAUCAAAUUAGUCAACUUUGCCUGCAAGAAAAAACAAAAAUAUUUUUCAGUUAACUUAUAGAUUUUUAUAGUAACAAGUGUUUCCAACUCAAUUAUCAGGUCACCAAAGCCGCCUGGCAUACUGUAUCUUGGGUUGUAAAAGAGAUACAUUUUUCUCAGUAUUUAUUUAUUUAUUUAUUUGUUUAUUUAUUUAUUUAUUUGGUACUCAUACAGUUUGAACAAUCAUUUUAUUGGCGGUGCAUUGCCCCUAUAAUGCAGGACCUAUAGGCUAUGUGUCCUCCAUCAGCUUUUUAUCAAACAGAUGCUAUUCUGCUAUUGUAGUGCUGCAUGUCCUUUGAAGUAUUCAUUGUAGCAUGAAUUAGUAUGAAUAAUACUUAAAAAGCAAACUGACAUGAAUAUAUUCCUAUAUCUGUAGAGGUACUGGCGCUAUGUGCAAUAUACUGUAUGAAGUAUGUGUCAUUCUUUGCAUAUGCAUCUUUCUGCCAUUGCUAUCUGAAAUAUUGUUGACUCACAAUCUGUGUGAAGUAUUUACACAAAGAGGGUUGUGUUUCCACAAUAAGAUUUGCUAACUAUCACUAAUGUAAGAAGGGUUGAGAAACUAACAACAUGAGAGGAAAUAAAGAAGGUUUGAGAGAAAGUCAGAUGAGAGUCCAAAGCCACACUGACUCCAGAACAGGGAUAGCUAAUCCUAUAAUGCAUAGUUCACACAUUAACUAAUGUCCUGUCAGCUUUAAAGUCUUUAUGGUCAGUUGUAAUCACAACCCAGUAACUGUAUCUCAUAGUGAAAACACAACAACAACUACCAGCCCAGUUGAUGGACAGAGAUUCAAACAGUCAGUCAGACUUUUUGGUCAGCCAAGUGUAUCAUAAUGCUCCAAGGGACUGUCUUGAGUGCCCAUAUUUCUGAUAUAUAGGCCCAACAUGCUGUGUGUAGUGUUGUCUGUGCAUGUGUGUGUUUGUGUGUGAGAAUGAGAGAGAGAAAGAGAUUGUGAAAGAAAUAGAGAGCUUUCAGAUACAUACAAGCUGAGCAUGUAGGUUUUAGAGACAAUGUGGUAGCAGUUGUUUAAAACACUGCUCUUCUUGACUCCAGGCCAGAAGGACUAUGGUGCUCCCUUAUAUUCUCUUCUAUCCUACCACACUGUUUAUGGCCUUUGUGUAUAUUCAUCACAUGCACAUAGCAUAUUAAACAAAGAAAACUGAAAGGAAUGUCCUGUUAAACCCACUGGAGAUAAGAUCUACAAGCGUGUGUUGACUUGUGAGAUAAGCUUCGGUAUCAGCCAGGGCCAGUUACUGGGAAUUGAAGAGAGGAGAGGUUGGGAGGGAAAAUAUGAUAAUGUAAGGUAAACACUGCCCCUGUAUUGUGAUGUACUUGUAUUUUUCUAAACUGUUCUUGUGUACUGGAACACCUAUGUGACUUUAUGUGGCUUGAAAGCUUCGUCUGUACUGCCGUCUUUUCCACUCUUGUUACCAAGCACACUACUGAAGUGACACUCUGUCAAGACAAAAACACUCUCUUGGAGAAACCAACAGGACUGCACAUCAGGAUGAUCUGAACCGAGGACAACACAUCUUUGCUGUACUUCACAACACAAACAAGAGGACACUUGACACACACAUUCACACUCGCCUGACAUUUGAACACAGCCAGUGUACACACACUUCCUGUGAACAUACACCUUUAUGGCCAUGUCCGCUGUUCGGACAGACACAUUGUUCUGUCAAACUUCAAGGCCUCAAAAGGAAUGGACUUAAACCCACUGCUGGUGGUGAAUACACGUAGCCAUGUAAACAAUGUAUCUAAGAGUUACAGCUGCUUUUAAUGAUGUCUUAAAAUGCCUAAAGCUUCAGCUUUAAAAUGAGCUUCUGCCAUGUACAGAUUCCUGUAUAGCAGGGAAUCAAAGUGUAUGCUUGCUGAAAUCAUCCAAGAAACUUAAGUUGUAUAGUAGGUGAAUUAUCGCUUAGGUUUAAUAUGCUCCAGGUACUACGGAUGGAAGUAUAUGAACAAAUCAAAAGGGAAAUAUAAUUUCUAUGAGAACUUUAACUUAUUUGUGUCAUCAGACACUGUAUAAUUGAACUGUUGUUUUUUUUUCACUAUGUUUUUCUAUUUGAAUGUUAUGACACACCUUUGAGCCUCACAUAGAGCAGGGGCUGAGGUUUGACUGAAAUACACAUGCAGGCCUUUGUCAAGUAGAUUCUGUCUGUACUGUCUUAAUACAUAUUUAUCCCCUGACAACCACCUCCACUUCCUGUACUCCUCUAACUUCUUCAACUAUUUUAAUCUUAAAUGUGUGUGUAUGAGAUUUAGAUAAUCCUCAGCUUCUUCACUGUAUUGUGGUCUCAUGGUGGUACUUAACGAUCUGUAUAAAGCCUGUGUUUUUUAUACCAUUGUAUGGAAAAAGACUAAACCAAGAAAGUUUCACUCAAAGGAAAUAUGGAUCUGAAUGCUUGCCAUGCCUGUCCGAAGUACAGUGAAUAUAAACUGAUUAAUAUAGAUAAUCUACAGAGAGAUACUUUCGUCAUUCAUAAUAAUUGUGAAUUAUAGAACUAUUAUAAAUAAUAAUGGUCUUAAUGAUGAUAUCAAUAAUAACAUCUUUAUGAUAACCUCAA